AUGUACCGGUCUGCGUCCUCAUCCCCGUUCGCCUUGACUCUUCUGACCAGCUCCCUGGCCAACCUGAACCCAACCUCCCUUGAAUCUCUCGCCCUUGGAGCCCUUCCCGACCUUCUCGACGUGUCUUCAGCUACCGAAUCGACUACUCCCACCUUGGCCUUUCACCCCGCGUACGGCGAGGUGACUUGGGUAGGGGUUCCUGGUCCGUCCUGA